CAUUUGUGGAUGGUUCUGGAUUUGGCACAGGGUCAGAUUUUGGACUCCCUCCUAUUCCAUUUUUAGCCAUAGCGUUACUCUCGAUACCAAUGGUAAUGAUGACAAUGAUGAGUACUGUUACUAGUGAAACAAGUGUUGCACCCAGACCUGUUGUGCCAACAACUGUUUUGGUUACUGUUCCAACUACACAAGCCGCUGUACAAACAACACCAUGUGUUCCAACAAAUUGCCCUGCAAGAUAUAGGUUGUUGUCUGACCAAACUGCUAGUCCUAAUUGUUACUUCUUCAGCGAAGAUAAUAAGAAAAUAUGGUCUGAUGCUCUGAAGGCAUGUACCUCGACACCAGGAGCAUACCUAUGGAGGCCAAAUACACGAACAGAAGCUAAUGCUGUCAAAGAUACGUUUGGUUUCCAAACUACCCAAUCAAUAUGGACUGGCGCAAAUAGUCCUACCCAUGAUGAGAAUUAUGUAUUUGCCGUUGACAAUGCUGCUUUUUCAUUGACUAAUCUUCCAUUUGGAGAAAAGACUAUAAGUUUUUCCGGGCAAGACUGUGUUGAAAUACUAUUAAAUGAUUCAGAUGUCUGGAAAUGGGAAAAUGAAGACUGUAAAGAUGCAGAGCGAUUUAUUUGCGAACUUCCAAGGAAAACCUGUCCGUAGAAGUGUAUGAAGCCGUUGUUAUAUUCCAAUGGACGAAUAUUUCUUAUCCCUGGAGCAAAAAAACAAUAAAUUAGAAUCAUAU